AUGUUCCGACAAUAUCUCCUCCCUCUGGGGUUUGUUCUCUUGAGCGCAUCGACCGUCUUGGCCGACACCCAAGCGACAUGUUCCUUGACGAACAAGUGCCCCGAAGAGACACCUUGCUGCUCCCAAUAUGGCCAAUGUGGCGUCGGCGCCUAUUGCCUCGGUGGCUGCGAUCCUCGCAUGUCCUUCUCGCUCGACUCGUGUGUCCCUGAACCCGUAUGCGUAAGCAAAACGUACAAGAUGGACUCGACCGACGGCAUCGUCGACGUGACCAAAUAUCUCGGCGAUCCAACCAAAGCCGACUGGGUCGCCCAAGGCACGCCCCUGCCCUUCGACGGCAAGGUGCUGUUGACCAUGCCUCCUAAAACCGCUGGCACCGUUCUCGCGUCGACGAUUUACAUGUGGUAUGGCAAUGUCAAGGCUAAGAUAAAGACUGGUCGAGGUGCGGGUGUCGUCACUGCCUUUAUUCUGUUGAGCGAUGUGAAAGACGAAAUCGAUUUCGAGUGGGUUGGUACCGAACUGGAGGUUGCCCAGACAAACUAUUACUUCCAGGGUAUCCCUGAUUAUUCUGGCCGCGCACAGAGUGCCAACGCACUCGGCAGGAACCAUACCCACUCGGGUAACAUCACGGGCGUCUCCGACACGUUUGCGAACGAACAUGAGUACGAAAUCCGAUGGACGCCAGAGAAAAUUGAGUGGUACGUGGAUGGAAAGUUGGGACGCACCCAAGAAAAGUCCAAGACGUGGAACGCGAGUUCGAAUCAAUGGGACUUCCCCCAGACACCAGCACGUGUUCAACUCUCCAUCUGGCCUGGAGGUGCAGACACCAACGCAGAGGGUACCGUCAGCUGGGCCGGUGGUCCCAUCGACUGGAACAGUGAGGACAUCAAGAAAUACGGCUACGAUUUUGCCACAGUCGGUGAGCUUACGAUUGAGUGCUACAAAACAAGCUCUGCCCCAGGCACCAACUCGGGCAAGAGUUACACCUUCAAUAACGCCAAAGCCACCAACGACACCGUUAUAAAUGGGGAAAAGUCGACUGUGCUCAAAUCCUUCUUGGGAACCGGACUCGACAUGGACAAGGAACUGCCCAAAUCGUCCUCAUCUAGCGGCACCGCACAAGUCGUCCCCGGUCUGACUGGCGGCGGCCCUGGAGCCAACGGCGAGGCUGCGGGUGACGCAAACGACGGAAGCGGCAGCGGCAGCGGCAGUGGUGCCACGGCUGUCGGCACCGCACCCUCCUGUACGGCGACGGGCUUCUCCCAGGCCUGCGACGGCGGCUCAAGCAACACCAACGAAGGCACUCGUCAACUCUCCCAAGAUCAUGCCUUAGGCGCCAGCGCCUUUGCUGCCCUCGUCGCGGUUGCUGGAAUGCUCUGGCUUUGA